ACAAAACAAAACAUAAAAAAUAGUAUACAACAAAUAAAUUAUACAAGAAUACAUAACUUGACCAUAGCAUAAGUCCAUCUUUAGACAACUUGACAUGCCGAGCCCGCAAAUUAAGACCAAAGAGUCUGAGGAUGGAAUUAUGACUUCAACAAUAAAUACCAAUAAAAUUGGUUGGAAUAUCAACCAUGAACCAGAAAGACCUGAAGCCAAAGAUGUAGAACAGAAUGAUAGAUCUUUGUCGCAACCUGAUCUUUCUUCGUUAGCUGAAAUUCAGAUGAGCCAUAAACAUAUGACUGAUCGUUUUGCAGAACUACUCAAUCUAUUCGAGAACUUUGCCAAAAUUGUGGGUAACGAUCAGAAGAAGGAGCAAGCCGGAGGAGAAGCAUUGGGCUUGAAGCGCACAAAAUCUGAGCAGUUAGUUCAUAAAGAAGCGUCAGAGCUGAGCGAACUUUCAAAAGCUUCGGCAAGCCUUAUGCAACUUUCGGAAUCUACGCUUGUGGGUUAUCGCAAACCUGUGACUUCUGAAAUAAGCUGUCAAACAUCUUGGACGCUAUUGGCACCAAAGCAAAUCAAACUUCAACCUAAAACAGAAAAAGCUGAAGGAAGAGAUACUUCAAAAAAAAUUAGGCCUAGUAAAGUUCAACAACAUACCAUACGCAUUGAAGUCGAAUCGGUGACUUCAACAACUGCUCUACAGAGGGCACCACUGCGCCAACGUUUUUGGCAUAUUCUUGUGCAAAUCGGUGACACUCUAAUGGCCGGUAUAUAUAUGAUUGGCGAGAAUUUCACCUACAUUCUGUUUAUACUUCUAUGCAUUUGGUGUCUAUAUCUGGUUAUUGGUCAUUAUUAUAAUUUCCUUCAAGAUAAUGUCAAUAGGCAGACAAAUAGGCCAGUUAUUGUGAAUCCAGAUAUACGGCAACGUAAUCAAUUAACAUGAUCACUAGAGUACAC